GUGGGGGCACCUAUAGCUGCAACCGCGCAGAAGGCCUGCUGGCUGCGGCUGAGAUCCGGCCGGCACUUUCCUUGCCCUUAAAACCCUAAGAUUGCUCUGCCCUCUUGUGUGGAGCUGCGAUCUGUAAGGUGGUGGGAGCUGCAGGCGGGACUCGGGAGGCCCAGGAACUAGAAAUGGACACAGUGGCCUUUGAGGAUGUUAAUGUGGAGUUCACCAUGGAGGAGUGGGCUUUCCUGGAUCCAAACCAGAAAAAACUCUACACAGAUGUGAUGCAAGAAACCUUCUGGAACCUGGCAUCAUUUAUAAUGCUUUUUCUAGCAUGUAUUUUGGAAGAAAAAUGUGAAGAACAUGACAGUGAAGAUCAGUAUGAAAAUCAUGGGAUGAGUCUUAGCAGUCAUAUGGUAGAGAGACCCUGUAAAAGGAAGGAUGGUAGUCAAAGCAGAGAAAACUUCAGCCAGAUUCCAAAUCAUAAUGAAAGAAAGAAAACUCCUACUGAGAUAAAACAACUGAAAUCCAAGUUGUGUAGGCAAAUCUUCAUGGGUUAUUUAUCCUUGAAUAACCACCUGAGCUCUCACAUUGAUCCCAACCUAUACCUGUGUCAGGAAUAUGAAGAAAAUGAUUAUAAAUGUAAGGAACCUGAGAAAGCUUUCAAGCGUCACCAACAUAUUCAAAGCCAUGAAGGCAGACCUAGUGGGAAAGCUUUCCACUAUUCAUCUUCCCUUAGAAAUCAUGAAAGAACACAUAUUCCUAGGAAACCGUAUGAGUGUAAGCAAUGUGGGAAAGGCUUUAGUCGUCUCAGUUGCUUUAAACUUCACAAAAACACUCAUAGUGGAGAGAAACCAUAUCAAACUAAGCAAUGUGGCAAAGCUAUCAGUUCUCCCAAGUACUCUGGAGAAAAUGAAAGAACACAUACUGCAGAAAAGCCCAAUCAAUGUAAGAAAUCUGGUAAAGCUUUCAGUUCUACUUCUCUUAGAAACCAUGAAAGAACACACACUGGUGAGAAACCUUAUGAAUGUAAGCAAUGUGGGAAAGUCUUCAGUUUGCUCAGUUCUCUUAGAAAUCAUAAAAGAAGUCAUGAAGAAAAGAAGCCUCACGAAUGUAAGGAAUGUGGUAAAGCAUUCCGUCAUUGCUGUUCCCUUCGAAAGCAUGAAAUAACUCAUACUGGGGAAAAACCCUAUGAAUGUAAGCUUUGUGAAAAAGUUUUCUCUUCUUCAGUUGCCCGUCGACGUCAUGAAAGAACUCAUACUGGGGUAAAAUGCUAUGAAUGUAAGCAUUGUGGUAAAGGUUUCUAUUAUCAGUCUUCUCUCCUAGAUCAUGAAAGAACUCAUACUAGGGAAAAACCCUAUGAAUGUAAGCUUUGUGGCAAAGUUUUCUCUCAUUCAACUUCCCUCCAAUAUCAUAAAAAAACUCAUACUGGGGAAAAACCCUAUGAAUGUAAGCAAUGUGGGAAAGCCUUCAGUUCUCCCAGCUCUCUUGGGAAACAUAAAAAAAGUCAUGAUGGAAAGAAGCCUUAUGAAUGUAAGGAAUGUGGUAAAACAUUUCAUCAUCACUAUUCCCUUAAAAAUCAUGAAAGAACUCAUACUGGGAUAAAGCCCUAUGAAUGUAAGGAAUGUGGGAAAGUCUUCACUUGGCUCAGCUCUCUUGGAAAACAUAAAAGAAGUCAUGAUGGGAAGAAGCCUCAUGAAUGUAAGGAAUGUGGCAAAACGUUCCUUUAUCCUGCUUUCCUUAGAAUUCAUGAAAGAGUGCAUACUGGGGAAAAACCCUAUGAAUGUAGCCAUUGUGGUAAAGCUUUCUCUUAUCCAACUUCCCUCCGAUGUCAUGAAAGAACUCAUAAUAAGGAAAAUCCCUAUGAAUGUAAGCUGUGGGGGAAAGCCUUUAUUCAUCCCAGUUCCCUUCAAAAUCACAAAAACUCUUAAUAGUGGAGAGAAAUCAUAAGGAAUGAAAUAACUCACACUGAAAAUAAGCUCUGUCAUGUAAAGAUUGUAGAAAAGCCUUUGACCAUCCUAGUUUUGUUUUGUUUUUUUAGUCCACACCUGAGGAUAUUUUUCCAUUGAGAUAGUGGAAUUCAGAGAGAAAGAGCAAUAUUGAUGUGAGAGAAACACAUCAAUUGGUUGCCUCCUGCAUGCGACCAGACAUGAAAACACACACAGUAGAGAAAAGCUCUGUAAAUGUAAGGAAUGUGGUAAAGCUUUCAGUUUCUGCAAGUCUCUUAGAAAGCAUGGAAGAACACAUAAUAGGGGAAAACCUUAAUGUAAGCAGUGUGGGCAAACCUUUCAUUGGAUGUCACAUGUUUCAAGACAUAGAAGAAUUCAUAAUGGAAAGAAGCCGCAUAAAUAAGGAAUGAAGUAAACCUUUUUGUUAUCCUUCCUCUUAAGUAUCAUGAAAUGUAUACUGGGAAGAAACCCUAUGAAUGAAAAAAAUGUGGGAUAACCUACAGUCAUCUCAGAUCCUUUCAAAUUCUCAAAAAUUCUCAGAGUGGAGAGAAACCAUAGCAAUGUAAGGAAUGUGGUAAAGCCUUCAGGUUCCAACUAGUUUUUCCGGACAUGUGAAAACAAAUGUAUUGAUAAACACUGUUAAUGUAAAGAAUAGCAAAGAGCCUUCAUUUAUCUCUCAGCUCUGCCAUCAUGUAUGAUUAUCCAUAUUGGGGAUGGACCGUAGAAAUGUGAGAGUUUUAGAAAGCAUUCAUUUCUUCCAUUUUAUUGUAAAGGAUGACAGAACUCACUGAAGAGAAGACCUGUCAUGUAAAGAUUGUAGAAGAGCCUUUGGCCAUCCUAGUUCUUUACAAAAUCAUGGAGGGACUCACACCCAAGACUAAGUAUAUGAACAUAAGGAAUGUGGGAGAGCAUUUCUUGGACAUGUGAGAAUGCACCUAGAGAAAUAGUGAAUACAUAUAGAGAAGGUGGGAAAGCCUUCAGCUGUCCCUUUCCCUCAGAAAGGUCAUGAAAAAACUCAAAGUGUAAAAAUGUAUUGAAUGUAAAAAUGUAGGAAAACCUUCAUGUUGCCUCAUAUCCCUACAAUACCAUGUGAGAAUGUACACUGUAUAAUUAACAACUAAAAAAAAAAACUUAACAAAAACUUUUAACACAUACUUUCAGAGUAGCUAGAAAACUGCACUGGAAGGAAAUCCUAUUAAUGUAACUAACUGGUACAUGUAAGCCUGCUGUAAAUUAAGUUAUAUGCUGGAGUCCAUUCAUUGUCUUCACUAGCUGAGUUUAGACAGAGACCCCCAAAAGCUAGUAACCUUUGAAGUCCUAGCAAAGGUCAGAACUGUGCACCACCCAGUUAAUCUAGGAACCACCCAGUUAAUUUAGGUAAU